AUGGGUGUUCCAGCUCUUUUUCGGUGGCUUUCGAAGAAAUACCCCAAGAUCAUUUCACCUGUUGUGGAGGAUGAAGGUGAUGCCCAAUAUGGAAGAGAACCACAGUACCUGGAUCCCAACCCCAAUGGAGAACUAGAUAACUUGUACUUGGAUAUGAACGGUAUUGUGCACCCGUGUUCCCAUCCAGAACAUAAGCCUGCUCCAGAAACGGAGGACGAAAUGUUCCUCGAUGUCUUUAAAUACACAGAUCGUGUUCUUAUGAUGGCCAGGCCUAGAAAAGUGCUAGUAAUCGCUGUCGAUGGAGUUGCACCUAGAGCCAAGAUGAACCAGCAGCGUGCAAGAAGAUUCAGAGCAGCUCAAGAUGCCAAAAUCCAGGAUGAAGAACGAGCAAGGCAGAUUGCCGAUGCCGAGGCUCGUGGUGAGAUUAUUGAAGAAUCCAUCAAGGGCAAGAAGAAAUGGGAUUCUAACGCCAUUACACCCGGUACGCCGUUUAUGGAUGGCUUGGCUGCUGCAUUGAGAUAUUGGGUAGCAUACAAGCUUGCCUCCGACCCGGGCUGGAAAGACUUACAGGUCAUUAUCAGUGAUGCUACGGUCCCUGGUGAAGGUGAACAUAAACUUAUGAGCUUUAUCAGAUCGCAGAGACUGGAUCCUCUGCAUGAUCCAAACACAAAACAUUGCAUCUACGGUCUUGAUGCCGAUCUUAUUUUCUUGGGUUUAGCUACCCACGAGCCUCAUUUUAGAGUCUUGAGAGAGGAUGUUUUCGCCCAGGGUGGAGGAAGAAACAUGAAAUACUCCGACCAGAUGAAUAUGACAGCCGAGGAGAAGAAAGCUUUGGAUGCUCAGGAUGCUAAGAAGCCGUUCUUGUGGCUUCAUGUCAACGUCCUUCGUGAGUACCUAGAAGUUGAGCUCAAGGUCAGGAUGGGCAUGCAAUGGGAUGUCGAGAGAGCGAUUGAUGACUGGGUGUUUAUGUGUUUCUUUGUGGGUAACGAUUUCUUACCUCACUUGCCAUCUUUGAGUGUCCGUGACAACGGUAUCGAUAUCUUGGUCGGCUGUUGGAAGCUGAUAGUAUCAAAGGUUAGCGAUUACUUGACCUGUGACGGAAAACUCAAUCUUGAUGCGGUGGAGCACCUUCUUCGGGCUCUUUCCCAUAAAGAAGAUGAUAUCUUGCGCAGAAGACAUGAAAAUGAACAGAGGUAUCAAAACAACGAUAAAAGAAGAAAGGUCGCUCGUGACGAGGAAAAAAAUUUACGUGCUCAAUAUCUUUCUUCAGUUUCCAAGGGCAAGGAGAAGGCACCAAUUACAGCAGACAUGAACAUGCCACUUAUGGACACUUCAGGUAAGCUUGUUGAUGGAUACGCCCAGCUUUCGAACAAGGAUAUUGUGAACAACAGAGAUGUUAUCACGAAAGCCAACAUGGCCAAUGCUGAUGCAGCUGCUGCGCUCAAGAAGCUCAUAGCACAGAAAAACGGUGAUGCACCAGCUGAAGAAUUAGCCGAAAGCGCGAGCGAGGAACUGAAGAAGAGAAGCGCCAGUGAAUUGGAAACUACUGAGUCUGAGGCUGAUCCAGAUGAAGAUCAAGUAAAGGAAUGGGAGCCCGGUUACAGAGAUCGUUACUAUAAAAUCAAGUUCAACUUAUCCACAAAGGAGGAAAUCGAGAAGACCAGAAGGGACCUUGUUUACUCUUACAUCGAAGGUGUCUCUUGGGUUCUUUUGUACUAUUAUCAAGGAUGUCCAUCUUGGCAGUGGUAUUACCCAUACCACUACGCGCCAUUUGCUGCCGAUUUCACGGAUUUAGCUGAAAUUUUUGGCGAUGGAGGUAUCAAGUUCAUACAAGGUGAACCUUUCAGCCCAUAUGAACAACUCAUGUCUGUCUUGCCUGCCGCAUCGGGUCAUGCCUUACCGGAGGUGUUCAGAGAUCUCAUGUCCAAUCCUGAUAGUGAGAUCAUUGAUUUUUACCCCGAAAACUUCAAGAUUGAUAUGAACGGAGCAAAGAUGAGUUGGCAGGGUAUUGCCUUAUUGCCUUUUAUUGACGAGCACAGACUUCUAACAGCUGUUCGUGGGAAGUAUGACGAGCUUACCGACGCUGAGAAGGAGAGAAAUACGAACAAAAAAGCUCAGCUUUAUAUAUCAAGUGCCAACAAAAACUACCAGAAGUUUUUGAAAGCUUUUGAUGAUGAGAAGGAACUUCCAUUUGCUGCACAGCGAACUGGACUUGCAGGUAUCGUCAAACCGGUGCUGUCAUUUUCAGUGGAUGGCGAGUUGCAAUUCCCGCUCAAUGAAGGAGACAUGCCACAUAUUCAAAAUUCUUCCUACUUGAUGUCAUGGUACGACUUUCCAAACUCUACUCCCGGAAAGUCCAUGUUGCUCAAUGGCUACAUUCCACAUGUCAAGGUUCUCACGGACGACGAUAAGUUUGCCAUCACCAACAGACAACGCAAUGGGCCACGAUUCCAGAAUGUUUCCGACUAUGUGAACAACGGUCCUCAAGGCAAAGAGCCAUAUAUGUCUUACAGUAUGAGGGUUGGCGGAUAUCGCUCACUUCCACUUAUCGGGUCCCAGCCUACUUCCAAUCGUGGAAGAGGCGGUGGCCGUGGAAGAGGUAACUACAACAAUUAUGGUAAUAGGGGCGGAUACAACUCCAGAGGCAGAGGCAACAAUAACCAAGGUUACAACAAUCAUGGAAACCAGGGCUACAACAAUUAUAAUCAAGGUUACGGCAACCAGGGUUACGGCAACCAGAACUAUGGCAACCAGAAUUAUGGCAACCAGGGUUAUAACAAUUACAACCAAGGCCAUAAUCAGGGCUACAAUAAUUCCUACAACCAGGGGGGCUACAACAAUUACGGCAACCAAAACUACGGCAAUCAGAGUUAUGGUAAUCAAAACCAGAAUUACCAGAACCAAGGCUAUAAUCAGGGCUAUCAGGGACAGGGCAACCAAGGCUUCAGUAACCACAAUAGUUUUGGUGGCAGCUACAAAAGAUGA